AUGGCUGUCAUUUUUACCAACAAGACCCUAAUUGUGAACAACAAGGACAAGGAUAAGUUGGAGCUGGAACGUGAGCUCACCCGAGCAUUGGAGAACAAGAUUAUGCUGCUGUAUUUUGGCUCUGGUGAAUGUCUUCGAUGUCAAGAGUUUGCACCCAUCCUGAAAGAAUUUUUUGUGAGGCUCACAGAUGAAUUCUACGUGGAGAGAGCAUCCCAGCUGGUCCUGGUCUUUGUCUCCCUGGAUGAGACUGAGGAGAAGCAAGACAAGUUUCUGAAGACCAUGCCCAAGAGAUGGUUGUUUUUGCCCUUCCAGGAUGAAUUCAGAAGGGAACUGGAAUUGAGAUUUUCUGUGAUGAACCCCCCAGUGGUGGUGGUGUUGAAGCCAAACGGGGAAGUCCUUGCUGAAAACGCAGUGGAGGAGAUUAAGCAGGUGGGCCCUGCUUGCUUCAGGAACUGGCAGGAGGCAGCUGAACUGGUGGAGAGGAACUUCCUCCUGGCCCAGGACUUUGACAACAUGCCUCUGAGGAGCAUCAUGGAUCCCAUCCGUCGGCUUAAAUACAAGCUUGCAAACAGUAAAAGCAGAAAAAGAAGCAAAGAUGACAACGAAGAAGAAGAAGUGUUCUCCUGACAGGACAUUUCUUCCCACAGUUGCUUUGUUGUAGUUGAGCUUAACUCUUCCCAACCCAUGACCAGUGUGCAGGAUAAUGAUUGUUACCUACAAGCACAGAAAUUGUUACUGAGCACAGAUUUCAGGCUUCUGAAAAUCUAAGUGCCUUUUUGGUUUACUUUUUAGAUAGGGUUGCUUCGACUUAUGAAAUUUCCUGUUUCCAAUGGUGCUUUUCCAAGGCACCACUGUAUAAUAAAACUUCAGUGAUUCAAAGGCAGCACUACACAGAGUACAAUACAGUAGUAUCUGCUUUCAUAUGGAUCUCCCUGUUCCAUAACUGGAAUAUUCUGUUACAACUUGCUUUAAAGGUAAAGGAACCCCUGACCAUUAGGUCCAGUCGUGACCGACUCUGGGGUUGCGCGCUCAUCUCGCAUUAUUGGUCGAGGGAGCCGGCGUAUAGCUUCCAGGUCAUGUGGCCAGCAUGACAAAGCCGCUUCUGGCAAACCAGAGCAGCACAUGGAAACGCUGUUUACCUUCCCGCUGUAGCGGUUCCUAUUUAUCUACUUGCAUUUUGACGUGCUUUCGAACUGCUAGGUUGGCAGGAGCUGGGACCAAGCAACGGGAGCUCACCCCGUCACAGGGAUUCGAACUGCCGACCUUCUGAUCAGCAAGCCCUAGGCUCAGUGGUUUAACCACAGCGCCACCUGGGUCCCUACAACUUGCUUUAGGCUCAGACAAUAACUACUGUAAACUAUGGUUACCAGAUUAGGUGCAAAGCCUUCUUUCGCACCCUGUGAAACAUAAAUGCUCAGAGUUUU